UCGACCUCCGCGCUUGCCGACCGCGCGCCUCUACGCCGCAUCGCGCGUUCUACGCGUAACUACCAAAUGACUUACGAUCGACAAAACGAACAUAAACAAAUACAUAAAAAUUGAAAAUAUUCCCUCCUCAAUUCCCUCUUCUAAGUCUCAAAUCCCUUCUGCCUCCGAGAAAAAUGACAAUCGAACUCAAUCGCGACAACUUUUUUCAACUUUCAUAUUUUUAUCAGUGAAUCAAGGAAACUUAGUGGGACUCGUUUUCAACUUUUUUGUUCCUCCCAAUAUGCAGCUUAAAGAUAAAUUUUAUCAAAACUUAUUUAUACACAAGAAACGACUGAAAAUUUCUACCUAAAAACCUUUAAAUUUUACAAAUAAUUUUUAAACACAAUUUACACGAUUUUCGAUAAUUUUGGACAAUCCUUUAUCGUCUUAACCUUCCUCGUAGAAAAAUUUAAGUGUGACCAAAAACUUAAAAUAGAAGAAAGUAUUGUGCAUAACUUAGUACAUAGUGUGUUUGAACUAGUGUUAGUUAAGUUAUACUACAUAAUUAAUUAAAUAAGUAAAAAAAAACUUAGUUAUUCGAUUUAGUGUUAGUGAAUUAACCGGUGAAGAACAUUUAUGAAUUGGUUGAAGAUGCGUUAUAUGGACGAGUCCAGUCGACUGUUGUUACAUGAAGAAUACACUUUCCUACCUCCCUCAGCUCAAAAUCUCCCAUAAAACAUUCCUUACCCUAGGUCCACGUAAAUAAAAUAAAACUUUACAUUCCACAGAAUUCAACAACGAAUUGACGAAUAACAUCAAAUAAAACGAUAACGAAUUAGGUCGGUGGUAGUGAAAUAAGUGAACGCGCGUAAACCUCUUCGGAGGGCGCGAGGGGCCGGCGCGAUGCGGUCUCGCCAGGGAUGUACGUAAUAUAUCCCGCAGAAGAAGUAGUUUCCCUGACGUACAGCUCGUACUCGCUGCCCCGCACCCGGCAGCGGCCGACGCUCGACGUACUGUUCGAGCCUCCGCCCCAGCCGUCCCCGCCGCGCCCCCGCACCCCGACCCCCGCCCCGCCCCGCGCCGUCUCCUUCCCCAAAACGGCGCCCCCGGAGCCCGCGGAGCGCGCGCCGGCCUCGCCGACGCCGUCGCUCGAGCGGCCGGCCAAACUGCGCGAGCGCACCAAAGCGAAACUGCUCAAGAAGCUCGGGCGCCACGAUGAUAGCGAAUUCGGCAAAAUCGUUAGGACCCCCGCGCCGGAUGAGUUCGAACUGCCCGCCCCCCUGCCGACUCCGGCCUUCUCGCGGAAGAACAUUUUCGACAGAAACUUUGAUGCACUGUUCGAGGUAGCGAACACGCCUCAAUUCACCGCGAAUAUUCGUGUCACGACUCCCGAACCAGAUCGGCGCUCGGAUGCGUCGGGGACCCAGUUUCCCUCGCCCUCGACAUCAUCCCUUAGCUUACUUCCGCCGCGCCCUUACUCCGAACCUGUGGCCUCCAACCCCUCCCCCGCGCCCUCCGCUAGAACAUCCACACCCUCGACGCCGACACAUCGAUCGUCUCUUGAAGGAUCAAAUUCCAAGCCGAAGAAGAGGAGUUUCUUUAGAAAAUUCAAUUCAUCAAAGGAGGCGACGCCUCCUAAGUGUGUCAGCAUGCAGCAGCCGCCGGUGGAGAUGGUGCUGCGCGAGCUGACGCAUCCCGCGCACAACGACCAGCUGAAGAAUCAACAGCAAGUCACCUUCAAACUGGUCAAAACAGUGUCUGACUUUACAACGCAGCUAUCGCAACUGUAUGAGCGGCACUCGACUGAAAUGCAAGCACUCGUCGCGAACUUUCGCAAGAGGAACAGCGAACUGAGGAAAGAGAGAGCGUCGUGUCCUUCAUCGCUGUUCCACACAUGGGAGACCUUGCUACAAGAGGUAGAGGCUGACGUGGUGGGUUGUACCAACGCCGCGACAUCUCUUGAGCGCAUUGUCGCAACACCACUGAUCGAAAGGACCUUCCACAUGAAGGUGCAAGCAAGGAAACUGUUCGCGCAUCGCGAGGGCUGCGAGGUUAUACUAGGAAAAGCUGAUGAUCAACUCAACAAG